AUGAAGUUCUCCCAAAUCCACUGUGCACUGGCCCUGCUGGGUCUGGCCCUGGCCAUUUGCAGCCAAGGAGCCGCCUCGCAGCCAGACCUGGACCUCCGCAGCCGCCGACUCCUUCAGAGGGCCCGUGCCGCUAGCAUUGCCACACAGGAGUGGAGUAAGCGAGUGAUGGAGGACAUUCUAUCCGAACUGUCCUUGCCUGAGGUGGAGGCCCAGAAAAGUGAGGGGUCCACGGCUGAGGCCAAAGAGGUCCUGGAGCGCUCAGUGGACAACCUUCCCCCCCGCGAGCGCAAAGCUGGCUGCAAGAACUUCUACUGGAAGGGCUUCACUUCUUGCUAA